CCGACCACCAUGGCGCUGGGGCUCUCCUCCAAAAAGGCGUCCUCGCGCAACGUGGCGGUGGAGCGCAGGAACCUCAUCACCGUGUGCAGGUUCUCGGUGAAAACCCUUCUAGAGAAGUACACGGCUGAGCCCAUCGAUGACUCCUCCGAGGAAUUUGUUAACUUCGCAGCCAUCCUGGAGCAGAUUCUGAGCCACCGCUUCAAAGGGCCCGCCAGCUGGUUCAGCUCGGACGGGCAGCGCGGCUUCUGGGAUUACAUCCGUCUGGCCUGCAGCAAGGUGCCUAACAACUGUGUGAGCAGCAUCGAGAGCAUGGAGAACAUCGGCACGGCGCGGGCCAAGGGCCGGGCGUGGAUCCGGGUGGCCCUCAUGGAGAAGCGCAUGUCGGAGUACAUCACCACGGCUGUGCGGGACGCGCGCACCACCAGGCGCUUCUAUGACUCGGGGGCCAUCAUGCUGCGAGAAGAGGCCACUGUGCUCAUAGGGAUGCUGAUCGGGCUGAGCGCCAUUGAUUUCAGCUUCUGCUUAAAGGGCGAGGUCCUGGACGGGAAGACGCCUGUGGUCAUCGACUAUACGCCCUACAUGAAGUUCACCCAGAGCUACGACUAUCUGACUGACGACGAGGAGCGGCACAGUGCUGAGAGCAGCACGAGUGAGGACAACUCGCCAGAGCACCCCUACCUGCCUCUCGUCACCGAUGAGGACAGCUGGUACAGCAAGUGGCACAAGAUGGAGCAGAAGUUCCGCAUCGUCUAUGCUCAGAAAGGCUACCUGGAGGAGCUGGUGCGCCUGCGCGAGUCGCAGCUGAAGGACCUGGAGGCCGAGAACCGGCGGCUACAGCAGCAGCUGGAGGAGGCUGCAGCCCAGAACCAGCGCGAGAAGCGUGAGCUGGAGGGGGUCAUCCUGGAGCUACAGGAGCAGCUGACAGGUCUGAUCCCGGGUGACCAUGGCCCCCUGGCUCAGGGAUCCAAGGAGCUCACCACGCCCCUGGUCAACCAGUGGCCCUCGCUGGGGACGCUCAAUGGCACCGAGGGCCCUAGCAACCCCAAGCUCUACCGGAGGGAAGGACCCCACACCCUCCAUGCUGGGCCUCUGCGGCUCCCUGGCCUCCAUCCCCAGCUGCAAGUCCCUGGCAAGCUUCAAGUCCAACGAAUGCCUGGUGAGCGACAGCCCCGAGGGCAGCCCAGCCCUGAGCCCCAGCUGAGUGCGGGAAGCACCACCUGUGCAGCUCUCACUCCCAAGAAUGGUGCCCACUGGCCUUGGCAAGGGGCACUGGGGAGACCAUGUCGCCUCAGCUUUCCACCUCAAGAGGAACAGAGGCCAGGGGCACCAGGGACCCCAGGCAGCCACUCCUCUUCCUGGUGGCCCUGGGGCCUGGCCAGCCGCUCAGCUGAUCCACCAUUCACCCUUGGGAGCUAGCGCUCAGCCCGUUGCCUGCGUCCUGUCUGCCUGGCACCCCAGAACCAGCCUUGCUCAGCCCCACGUGGGAGCCAAGGGUCCAACAA